UCACCACGCCUCAGUACGGUGAGUUCAGCAGCCAUAUUGACUGUCUGCAGCCUGACGAGAGGAGGAGAGGAGGGCACUCUGUCGGUGCGCACACCGUGUCCGGUAAGCAGAGCACCGUGUCCGGUAAGCAGAGCAGAGCACCACGGGGAGGUCUGUUUCUACCCGCUGAGGAUCUGUGGAUCUAUAAAGUCCUGCUGGCAGCUGGAGGAGGAGGAGGACAGUUGGACAGUUGGACAGUUGGACACAUCCUCAGUCCUCAGAGCAGCCCGGUACAGGGGACUUUAACUCCUUCAUCUGCUCCCGGCGCCGGUGCCCCGGAGAGAGGCGGGAAGACGGAGGACGAUUUCUUUCAGUUUUCUCAGCAGCAGGGGACGGGCGGAGAGAGGAGAAAGAUGCCCAAACCGAUCAAUGUGCGCGUCACCACCAUGGACGCGGAGCUGGAGUUUGCCAUCCAGCCCAACACGACAGGCAAACAGCUCUUUGACCAGGUGGUGAAGACGGUGGGUCUGAGGGAGGUCUGGUUCUUCGGCCUGCAGUACACCGACAGUAAAGGCUACGUCACGUGGCUCAAACUCAACAAGAAGGUGACCCAGCAGGACGUGAAGAAGGAGAAUCCGCUGCAGUUCAAGUUCAGAGCAAAGUUCUUCCCAGAGGACGUUUCUGAGGAGCUCAUCCAGGAGAUCACACAGAAGCUCUUCUUCCUGCAGGUGAAGGAGGCCAUCCUGAACGAUGAGAACUACUGUCCUCCAGAGACGGCCGUGUUGGUGGCGUCCUACGCCGUCCAGGCCAAGUACGGAGAUUACAACAAAGACAAUCACAAGCCGGGUUACCUGGCCUCCGACCGGCUGCUGCCUCAACGAGUUCUGGAGCAACACAAGCUGACCAAGGAGCAGUGGGAGGACAGAAUACAGACCUGGCAUGAGGAGCACCGGAGCCUGCUCAGGGAGGAUGCGAUGAUGGAGUAUCUGAAGAUAGCUCAGGACCUGGAGAUGUACGGCGUCAACUACUUUGAAAUCAAAAACAAGAAGGGGACAGAACUGUGGCUGGGGGUCGACGCCCUGGGACUCAACAUCUACGAGCACGAAGACAAGUUGUCACCAAAGAUCGGCUUCCCCUGGAGCGAGAUCAGAAACAUUUCCUUCAGCGACAAGAAGUUCGUCAUCAAGCCCAUCGACAAGAAAGCUCCAGACUUUGUGUUCUACGCCCCGCGGUUGCGGAUCAACAAGCGCAUCCUGGCGUUGUGUGUGGGAAACCACGAGCUGUACAUGAGGAGGAGGAAGCCCGACACCAUCGAGGUGCAGCAGAUGAAGGCUCAGGCCAGAGAGGAGAAGCACCACAAGCAGAUGGAGAGAGCGCAGCUGGAGAACGAGAAGAAGAAGCGACAGCAUGCGGAGAGGGAGAAGGAGCGGAUAGAGCGAGAGAAGGACGAGCUGAUCGAGAGGCUGAGGCAGAUCGAAGGGCAGACGCAGAGAGCUCAGAAAGAGCUGGAGGAGCAGACUCGCAGGGCUCUGGAGCUGGAGCAGGAGAGGAAGCGGGCCAAGGAGGAGGCCGAGCGGCUGGAUAGGGAGAGGCAGGCGGCGGAGGACGGCAAGGCGGCGCUGGCUCAGCAGGCUGCCGACCAGAUGAAGAACCAGGAGCAGCUGGCUGCUGAGUUAGCGGAGUUCACUGCCAAAAUCGCUCUGCUGGAGGAAGCCAAGAGGAAAAAAGAAGACGAAGCAACAGAAUGGCAACACAAGGCUUUGUCAGCACAAGACGACCUGGAGAAGACCAGGGAGGAGCUGAAGACGGCCAUGACGUCUCCGCCGGCGCCAGAGGAUGAGGAGGACGAAACCAACGCCGAGGCGAGCGCCGAGCUCCUCAGCGACGGCGUCUCCAGCCACCGCAGCGAAGAGGAACGCAUCACCGAAGCGCAGAAGAACGAACGUGUCAAGAAACAGCUACAGGCUCUGAGUUCAGAGUUGGCCGAGGCUCGGGACGACACCAAGAAAACCCAGAACGACAUGCUGCACGCCGAGAACGUCCGGGCGGGCAGAGACAAGUACAAAACCCUGCGGCAGAUCCGCCAGGGCAACACCAAGCAGCGCAUUGACGAGUUUGAGUCCAUGUGAGCGAGCCGGGCAGAAGGGUGGACACAACGACAUAGAAAGAGACCGUUAGUCUCGUUGCCAUGUCAACGCCUCACUUUUCCUUGUAAAAGCCCCAAAAAAACCUGCCGCCACCCCCGGGAACUCAUGCUGUUUGUUUCUAUCCAGGAGAAAGACCGGCUAACGGGCUCCGUAGCUUCAGCCUCGCCAAAGCUCUACUAGCAGCGGUUGGCCAAUCACACUGCUACCUGCUUUUUAGAGCUCCGCCCCCCCCAACCCCAACCCCAACGAAGCACACGUCCUUUAAUCUGCAAGCAACGCAUCCUUUCAUCCACCUGGACUCCUCCCUUCUGAAAAGUUGUAAUGCUUGCAUGUAAGAUAAUGAAACAACAACAUGGACCGUUAGACAAAGUGAGAGAAUCAGCUGAUAUCCUGCUUUUACUCAACAAAAUAAAACGGACAUUUGUAGCUUGUUGAUGUUGCCGGCACGCUCGCCCGUAACGCUUUAAUCUCUGUACCUUACUUUUACGUCUUAUGUCAUCAGUUGAACAAUUUAAAUAAUUUGUUUAAAAAAAAAAACCUGCCUUAUUCGUCUCAUUUCCAGUAUAGUGUAACGUUUUGUCAUUUUGUGUUGGGAAAGUCUGUCAUUGAUCUGUUAAUGUUGCAUCAGCUAACUUCUGUCUUCUUGAACGGCUCACUGAGCAAACAGAUAUGCAAACUAGAUUUUACAUUCUUACUGUGCUGGCGUUCUCCAUCCAUUGACACAUCUGUUCAGAAAUAUAUUUUGCCCCACAAUAAAGAAUGAAUUUAUAUUUCCAACUAUGCAGCAACAGUACGAUCUUGAGAGUUGGAACCGGCAGAGUUGGAUUUAUUCUCAAAGGGUGUUCGAACAUGACGCACAAAGUUGUUAUAAAAGGCAAUGAAUUUGCUGCGUAA